AUGCAGCACUUAGUCGCGUUUAUCUUUAUCACCAUUAUCAUCAGAUGUUCAAUGAUGACAACACAUGGCUUAGAACAAUGUCAAGUCCAGUCAGUAUCAAUAUACGGUUAUUACCUGACUGGUCACGUUAUUUAUACAAAAACGUGUGCAAGUCUCUCUGAAUGCGUGAUUUUGUGUUCGUAUGAGUUCCGUUGCAAGAGUUUCAAUUUUCGGUUAAUGGAUAAGUUAUGUGAAUUGAACGAUGCGGACAGAUUUACUCACCCAGUGGAUUAUGUGCCGAUGGAAGGAUUUCUGUAUAAGGACACUACCGAAAGGCAUAGAAAGGUCAGUUGUCAUUUGGCUAAUGUACGGGACUGUGCAAUAAUUACCUGGAGGGGGGGUGGGGAAUGGAAAAUUAGAAGAGGGGGCAUAGGAGAAAAUGACAACGAGAGAGAGGUGUGGUUGGAUGUAAAAUUUAAUACAUAGGGGGGGUACUACUUUUUCAUUCCUUUUUGCAAACUGGAAAAGUAGUGGAGGAGUAAUUAGAGUUCAAAUAUAAAUACUAACAUUGGAAUAAAACUGACAAACUUAUCAACUCUAAGGCGUUCUGAUCUAUGAACUGUUGUUUUCUGUUUUCCUAUCUGUCAUGCAGUAAGAAAGGAAUGCCUCUCUGUUAUAUAUGUUAAAACGGUGCUACUUUAUUUGUACUAGGAUUUAAUAAAACAGGAAACUUCAAUUAAAAUUAAGCUGCAAAAGUAGCCGACUAUAAUGUUAUUCAAUGAAAAAGAAAGAUGCCAACGUCAGCGCACAUAGCAUCAUAAUUUAGCAGAAUGAAAAACCCAACUGUUGAAAUUUUAAUAGCAAUACAAAUUUAAAGUAUGGUAAAUAAAACACAGUAUGAUUGAGUUGAGCUUUAAAAAAAAGCUCAAUCAGACGGGAAUUCCUGAGUUCUCAACCACGCACGCGGAAACCUUAGUGCCAGAGAUGCUAUGGAAGAUGAGGAAUGUCCCAAUUCAUGCGAAGACGACACAAGCUCAGAGUCCAGUGAUUCUGAUGACUCUUCAAAUGACUCUUCGACAUACGUCGAAGAAUCAUUUGAAGUGAUGUUUGUACCGGAGGAAGAAAUCCACGAAGUAAACUAGGGGAGUGGGGGGUGGGUGGGGGUUGGGGAUGUUAGCCUUACUGUUAUCAUUAUGUGAGGGGAGGGGGGUUGAAAUUAAUUUUUGGUUAAUGAGACGGGGGUAUGACUUAGUUUUGGGGGCAUAUUUCACCCAUUUCCAAGCCCCCGCUACAGGUAAUUAUUACACGGUCCCUUAAUCCUUUAUAUUUGGGAAUAAUUUGUCAGAAAUAUUAUAUAAUUGUAUGGUUUUGCGUAACCAAGAUGUCCGCUUUAUCAUUACAUGAAGGUCAGACGCAUCAAAAAUUAAAAUCAAAAACUAAACAUUUCGUCUCUUUCAAGAACCAUCUUUGAUUUUUGUAGUGCAUGGUUGCACUGAACAUUUAGAUACUGGACGCGGUUCGUGAGGAAUUUUUAGACCAUCCCCUUCAGAUUGCAAGGGUAUUUUUUUUGUCCAGGAUGGCUUUGAAUCCUAAAAACCUUUGUCCAAUGCCAAUUAAAUGUUUCACUUUUUGUAGCGCUAGGGUAAGUCAGACUGCCGAACGAGACUUGUGUUGUAAAUUGUAUUACUAACAGCCCCUCAUGUCGCUUUCAUGGACCUAUCUGCAUUUUGAUUCAGGUAGCUAUAAAUUAAAAUAAUGUUUACUUCACGCGGGCUAGUAUUUCAUUCCACUGAACAACUUCCUUUGAUACUUGUUAGUUACAAAAUUUUGAUAAGCAUGAAUAGUUCAAUUUUCUCGCAGAAUCCUGGCUUCGGAUCUUGCGCGGAAAUUCUCCGGGAGUUCCCACAAGCUCAAAGCACCUACUACUGGCUGAAGAUCGGAGACAGAGAUGCCCAAGUGUAUUGUGAUAUGGGAAAGUACGGUACGUGUACAAGUAAAUGCACAUCAAAAAUUUAAUAUCAGCAAUACCUUAAUACCAACCUACCUGANCAAAAAUUAAAAUCAAAAACUAAACAUUUCGUCUCUUUCAAGAACCAUCUUUGAUUUUUGUAGUGCAUGGUUGCACUGAACAUUUAGAUACUGGACGCGGUUCGUGAGGAAUUUUUAGACCAUCCCCUUCAGAUUGCAAGGGUAUUUUUUUUGUCCAGGAUGGCUUUGAAUCCUAAAAACCUUUGUCCAAUGCCAAUUAAAUGUUUCACUUUUUGUAGCGCUAGGGUAAGUCAGACUGCCGAACGAGACUUGUGUUGUAAAUUGUAUUACUAACAGCCCCUCAUGUCGCUUUCAUGGACCUAUCUGCAUUUUGAUUCAGGUAGCUAUAAAUUAAAAUAAUGUUUACUUCACGCGGGCUAGUAUUUCAUUCCACUGAACAACUUCCUUUGAUACUUGUUAGUUACAAAAUUUUGAUAAGCAUGAAUAGUUCAAUUUUCUCGCAGAAUCCUGGCUUCGGAUCUUGCGCGGAAAUUCUCCGGGAGUUCCCACAAGCUCAAAGCACCUACUACUGGCUGAAGAUCGGAGACAGAGAUGCCCAAGUGUAUUGUGAUAUGGGAAAGUACGGUACGUGUACAAGUAAAUGCACAUCAAAAAUUUAAUAUCAGCAAUACCUUAAUACCAACCUACCUGACUUACAGAUAAUUUCGAGACGGCUGACUCUAAUUAGCCUGCUCAGAGCUAGACUCAAAAUUUUCUUUUCGUCUGUGGGCAGGCUAGACUCUAACAACGAAAACUUCGAAGUGUGGCAGGACCUAAUUGUUGCUGUCAUAAUUAAUCACAUUUUUAGUUAUAAUCAAUAAUUUGCGCAAAGAUAAACGUCUUUUUCACUAGAGCAAUACGAAUCAAGCAGACUCUUGUUCACUUACCUUCACUUUAACUCUUAUACCCAUUACCUGAAGAAAAACUUCUGUUUUGUAACCGAUAAAGAAAUGUUCCUUUUCUUACUUCAGUUUUUGUUGUUGUUCAGUUGUUGAUGUUUGCUUGGCUGUUUGUUCGUUCGUUAAUUAAUUUACUUUUCUUGUCCCAAUUUAUCUUUCCCGGGUAAUCUAGGGGGUGGAUGGUCAUUGGUUGCAAGCAUUAGCUCAACAAAUCAUCAUCAUUUACAAAGGAUUGAAAACUACUGCUUCAACUCAGUACUCUGUGUUCCUUUUAAUGAAACCAUCAUCAAGGCGAGGAAAUUAAGUGACCAGGAAAUUCAUAAACUAGCUCAGAUCGAGGGUAUGGGUGAUUUUUUAAUUCUUUAACUUGUUCUUACCUUGUGUGGUCACUGGUGUACAAUCGAUUACAAAACGUCGCAUGAAUAGUAUAGACCAUAAAAAAUAAUGCAUUUGCAUAAUUAGAUUGAAUACACACUGACGACGUAAGCAUGAAAGCGAGGCCUGAGGGCCACAUCACAAUUAGAUUGUUUAAAGUGGCAACAGAGCACCCAACAACUACGACAAAAAAUAGUUCUCACAAAUGAUGCGCAGCUACGCUUUGUAAUAAUCGUUCCGAUAAUAGGGUCAUUUAUUUCCAAACGAUCUUUGCCGAAGGUUAGUUUCUUCACUGUCCACUUUCCAACGCACGUUCAUUUACUGUAACCGCUCCAGGAAUAUCUCUUGGGGUUAAUUAUAAAUCUCUAAAUCACAAAUUGUUCUUGUUUUCUCCGCUCUAUCUACUUUUUUUCUAAGUUUGCGGCAAAUAUGGUGGCCAUAAGGCCUCGCUUUCAUGCUUAUGUCAUAAGUGGUUAUAUUACACGCUAAUAAAAUCUUUUGAGGGAGAGCGAUGUGUUUCUUCGGUCUUGAUGGCGCUGAGACCAGAUGGAAAAUAGCUAAGUACAGUAUUCUUGUUUUAAUUAACAUUUGGCUGAUAUUUUUUGAACAAAUUAAUGUGCAAAAAUUCUGUACUUAUUUCUGCAUAAACGAAAAACGAUGACAUGCGUAAUGACCCUUAAUUUUAAUGUCUUGUAACCGUCGUCACUAGAUCACUAAAUUUUAAUAAAUCUGUCCAAGGAAUAAUGAGCACUCACAGAAAGAUUAAUUCUGGUACAAAAUUACAAUGUAUGUUGAAAAACUCAAACAAAAAACAAACAAUAAAAAAAGGAAUAUCUUUGGGGGACUAUCGCUCCACCCCCAACCACCCCGUAAGGUUCUAUGCAUCAGUAUAAUUCAUUUCCUGAUUAGUAUUUGUAUAUUAUGGCACAGUAUUAUCUGCAUAAUAACCUUUCAUACAUAACCACUAUUGCACCAGGUUCUUUCCGAGUUGAUGUCUUGGGGCCUGGAAACAAAGUUAACCAUACCCUAUUCUAUCAGGUUAGUGCCUAAGGUCACGAGAUUUAUGAGGGUUAUUGGCCUGAGUCGAGGGGUUGAUAUUAUAACAUACAACCACAAACUAGGGGCCCAAAUAACUGACAGCGGCAGUAAUGUCGAGUAAUUCUGAGUCACAAUCUGCUAUUACACCAUCAAACCGACCUAUUUUGUCAACAUAUCUCAAAUGGUCAAAGGUGAACUCCGUUGAUAUACUCCACCUUGCCUAGUCUCUCGGCCUCAUUAUUCCGUGAGGCCAAAGCGUUUAGCGGGUCACUUGGUCCAAGCGAAAAUGUGAGGCCUAGACAAAAAACUCAAAAGUGAGACAAAAGUGAGACAGCUGAAUGGCGGUGUUUACUUGCCUGGUCCCUAGGCCUCGUCGGGUGUUGAGCUGUCAAAAUCUGAUUAAUCAGAUCUUACAGGAAAUACGACAACGAAUGUAAAUAAACACCCUCUGAGCAUUUUCCCGCCAGCCCGCAUCCCAGGGAGAGCUUGCUCGCAUGUUAUUCAAAAGAAUCUUGUGCCCAAUCAUUUUAUUUUCUGAUUUUAAGAUUCCAAGUGGACGAGAAAAAUUCAACUCCUCAUGUAGCGGUAAACUGUAAGUGCAACUUAUCAUUUUUAGUUUUUUUUUUUCUGGUGGAAAAAGAUUUAUGCGAGAAAAAUGAAGCUGCCUUAUUACUUUGAAGAGUGCGGGCAACGUUAUUAGGACUGAUCGUUCAUCUACACGUAGUUUGGAACCAUUCAUUAAGCUUUUUAUGACUUAUUUACAAGGCGAGUUUUGUUUCGCAAUAUUUCCAACCUUCCUUUACUUUCUCGCCCACAUUUCCCCUAAAACGGAUGCAAUCUAGACGGCGAAAACAAUUUCGUGUUAAUGUGACAAUCGAGAAGACAGCGUUAAAGGCCACUAAAUGACCAUAAUUUCUGAACCAGACUUUAUAUUUGAAAAUUUUGUCGCAGAAAACAGAGCUAUCUUUUUACAAAUAACUUUUAUUAAGUUUCUAUGAUCACCAUCACCAUCAGCAUCAUCUUCUUCUUCUUCUUCUUCUUCUUCUUCUUCUUCUUCUUCCUCUUCUUGAUCAUCAUCAUCAUCAUCAUCUUCACCUUCGCCUUCACCUUCAUCUUUAUCUUCAUCUUCAUUUUCAUUUUCAUCUCAUUAGCCUGCUUUAUUUCUUGCAGAUGUCCACGUAUGAUCAUUUCUUGCAUCUAUCCAUAUCAAUGGGAGACAAACAAUUGUACCAGUAUCAAUCAGGGAUAUCAAAUCGCUGAUGGAGAAUGUUACAGAGGUCAGAACAUGUACAGUGUGGGAAUUUAUUUAUUUAUAAAUUCUUUUUUUAUCCAACAUUUAACAAACGAAAAUUUACAUAUUGCUCUACCGGUAUAUGGCAGAGCAAACGUAGGUGGCCUUGUUCAAAACAGGUUCCUUGUAAGGUCUUCCUUGUAAUAAUCGUCCAGUUUCCAGUUUCAAAUUGUGUUAACCCUUUUUUUUUCUUUCAGUGUUUGAUGGCCAUGAUAACCGAGAGUGUAAUGGUUCUUUUUGGACAUCAUCUUGUUAUUGUAAGCAACGAACAAUUCAAUCAUGCAAAUCUUCUGGCUCCAUAACAUAAAGCUAACGUCGAACGUUCAUCUCAAUCAAACACGGACUUUGUUUGAAGUCCUAACUUCAACAAAUACGUCUGUCGUUACGUCUUCGGCAAAGGGCUUCUUAUGUAUGGUCUACUGCUUUUUACCCAUUUAUCAUUGAUAUUUAUAUUCUUACGUAUAUGGUCUACUGCUUUUCGCCCAUUUUAUAUAACGGAGCCUCCAUGCGCGCUUCGAGCGCGCGAUCGUAGCUCCAUACCUAAGAGAAAAUGGAAAAAUACCGUCGUCCUUCGGCCUCAUGGGUUGUUGAUUCAGAGCCCAUUCGGGCUCGAGGAAUAAUUGUUAAAUAUUAUGUUUAUUCGGAACAAAUUCAUUCAAGGUGAUGGGAAUAUUUGCCAGGAAAUUUCGUAACGGCUGUUUUCACACCAGCGGAUAAUCCAUCUUUAAAAUCCGUAAAAAUUGAUGGAAGAACAGAUGGAUAAAGUCAGGUGGAUGGUCCAUCCAAAAUUAAGACCGUUCUAUUUUCAAAUUAAGACGUACUAUCUAUCUGACCCGAAUUAUCCAAUGGAUAACCCGUUUCAGACGGAUAAUCCGUCUCUAGUGUGAAUACGGUCAAUGAGUCGAAAUUAUCGGCAUAUCAGCUUUUCGUCAUGUUGUACUAGUACUAGUUAACUAAUUUAUUUCCAUUUAUCGUUAAUAUAAUCCUAAACAUAAUAACGAUAAUGAUGAUGAUGAUUAUAGUUAUAAUAGUAAUGUUACGCUAAUAAUUUUAUAAAAGUAUCCUUUGGUAUUUUGGCCCGCACAGGUACAAGUUUUGUCUAUUUCUUUUGCUAG